GGUUCCCGCCCGCUCCUUGGAAUAACCCCUGAGGCUUCAGCCGUCGCCGCAAAGUUUCCCGAGGAGACCCGCCUCCCCGGCCGCUGCGCAGGUUGAGGAGGCAGCGAGUGGGUGAGCAGGACUCCUUUUUGGACAGACAAGACCAGGGGCUGAAGCCGGAAUAACUCGCCCCUCCCCCUGCCUCCCCAGCAAGGAAACCUUCUCGGCGGGCGAACAGAAGAAGCCAAGCAGGGCUGGGCGCCCCCCCCAACAUCCUUCCAAAGAGAGGCAUGCGGGGCCUGACGGCUCAGCGGCGCGUGUCCGCAGCUCCAGCCCCGCGGUGAACAUCUGAACUCCUCAGCGGGGUAAUGGACCCCCGACUGCCCCCCGGAGACGCAGCCUGAGUGGCAGGAAUCCCGAGUCUUUGGAGAGUGGCUCCCUCCCAGCUCUGUCACGCAAGAACGCUCUCGGCACUGGAGCCCAUUCUGCCAAGUGACUUAAAGGGAUUAAAAAAAACAACAAAAAAAAAACCUUGGUGAAGAAAAGGGGGUAAAAGCCACGCGGAAGCCUUUCAGAGGAGACGGCGAGGCCAACAGACAAAAGGGCAAAAGUUGAAAGAGGACAGCGAGAAGCCACCUCGGCAGGAUGGAUGCUGGGCUCUAGGGCAUGCCUGGGGAGCAGGGGCCCAGAACCCCCUCGGGCUGCACACGGGAGUCCCGGGGCUGCAGAGGGUGCCUCGGCAGGCCCCCCAUGCAUGCCCCUCACUCCGGGGGGAGAGGCCAGCGGCGCCUGCAGCCCAGGGGACAGAGCGUGCUACCCCAGGCCCGUGACCACGUCUGAGCGCGAGGGGCCCCGCAGAGCAGAGCGCGGGGCGUCCUCUCCGCUCUCCGGGGCGCCCCUAGCUCCACGCAGCACCCCAGCCCUGCGGCCUGCACCUGAGUGCCAGGGCCGCAGGGUCGGCAUGUGAGUGUGUCCAGGCCCACCUCAACGGGAAGCAUCCAGAACAGAGAUCCCAGCCAGGCCCAGCAGGCUCCGGGGCUGCAGCUCAGGAGGUGUUGAGGCAGAUCAGGCGGGGCCCAGCGCCUCCAGCCAUCCACCAUGGUGGUGGCACCACCCACCGCCACCGCCACCACCACACCCGCUGCCACAGUCACGGCCACCGUUGUGAUGACCACGGCCACCAUGGACCUGCGGGACUGGCUUUUCCUCUGCUACGGGCUCAUCGCCUUCCUGACGGAGGUCAUCGACAGCACCACCUGCCCCUCCGUGUGCCGCUGUGACAACGGCUUCAUCUACUGCAACGACCGGGGCCUCACCUCCAUCCCCACCGACAUCCCUGACGACGCCACCACCCUCUACCUGCAGAACAACCAGAUCAACAACGCCGGCAUCCCCCAGGACCUCAAGACCAAGGUCAGCGUGCAGGUCAUCUACCUGUAUGAGAAUGACCUGGACGAGUUCCCCAUCAACCUGCCGCGCUCACUGCGGGAGCUGCACCUGCAGGACAACAACGUGCGCGCCAUCGCCCGGGACUCGCUGGCCCGCCUCCCGCUGCUGGAGAAGCUGCACCUGGACGACAACUCCGUGUCCACCGUCAGCAUCGAGGAGGACGCCUUCGCCGACAGCAAGCGGCUCAAGCUGCUGUUCCUGAGCCGGAACCACCUGAGCAGCAUCCCCUCGGGGCUGCCCCGCACGCUGGAGGAGCUGCGGCUAGACGACAACCGGAUCUCCACCAUCCCGCUGCACGCCUUCAAGGGCCUCCACAGCCUCCGGCGCCUAGUGCUCGAUGGCAACCUGCUGGCCAACCAGCGCAUCGCUGACGACACGUUCAGCCGCCUGCAGAACCUCACCGAGCUGUCGCUGGUGCGCAACUCCCUGGCCGCCCCGCCGCUCAGCCUGCCCAGCGCGCACCUGCAGAAGCUGUACCUUCAGGACAAUGCCAUCAGCCACAUCCCCUCCAACGCGCUGGCCAAGAUGCACCAACUCGAGCGCCUGGACCUGUCCAACAACAACCUCACCACGCUGCCCCGCGGCCUCUUCGACGACCUGGAGAGCCUGGCCCAGCUGCUGCUGCGGAACAACCCCUGGUUCUGCGGCUGUAACCUCCUGUGGCUGCGGGACUGGGUGAAGGCGCGUGCGGCCGUGGUCAACGUGCGGGGCCUCAUGUGCCAGGGCCCCGAGAAGGUCCGGGGCAUGGCCAUCAAGGACAUCACCAGCGAGAUGGACGAGUGCUUCGAGACGGGGCCCCAGGGAGGCGCGGCCAACGCGGCUGCCAAGACCACGGCCAGCGACCGCGCCUUGGCCACCACACCCCAGGGCUCCCUCUUCACCCUCAAGGCCAAGAGGCCAGGGCUGCGCCUCCCCGACUCCAACCUUGACUACCCCGUGGCCACGGGCGAGGGCGCCAAGACCCUGGUCAUCCACGUGAAGCCCCUGACAGCAGACUCCAUCCGCAUCACGUGGAAGGCCACGCUCCCGGCCUCCUCCUUCCGGCUCAGCUGGCUACGCCUGGGCCACAGUCCCGCCGUGGGCUCCAUCACGGAGACCCUGGUGCAGGGGGACAAGACAGAGUAUCUGCUGACGGCGCUGGAGCCCAAGUCCACCUAUGUCAUCUGCCUGGUCACCAUGGAGACCGGCAACGCCUAUGUGGCCGACGAGACGCCGGUGUGCGCCAAGGCCGAGACGGCAGACAGCUAUGGCCCCACCACCACGCUCAACCAGGAGCAGAACGCUGACCCCAUGGCGGGCCUGCCCCUGGCGGGCAUCAUUGGCGGGGCCGUGGCCCUCGUCUUCCUCUUCCUGGUCCUGGGGGCCAUCUGCUGGUACGUGCACCGGGCCGGGGAGCUGCUGACCCGGGACCGGGCCUACAAUCGGGGCAGCCGGAAAAAGGACGACUAUAUGGAGUCCGGGACCAAGAAGGAUAACUCCAUCCUGGAAAUCCGCGGCCCUGGGCUGCAGAUGUUGCCCAUUAACCCUUACCGCGCCAAAGAGGAGUACGUGGUCCACACCAUCUUCCCCUCCAACGGCAGCAGCCUCUGUAAAGCCACACACACCAUCGGUUACGGCACCACCCGGGGCUACCGGGACGGCGGCAUCCCCGACGUAGAGUACACGUACACAUGAUGCCAGCCGCGCCGGCCACCUCCGCCCCAGCUCCCGCCGCCUCCUGGCCUGGCCACGGUGCGGCUCCGCCUGGCCCGCUGCCAUCCCAUAGAGCAAGGAAAAGGAAUUCCAUGAUGACUUUCCUAGCAGAAAGCAAAGUUUGGGAAGGGUGGACACUUUUGUAGAACACGACAGCAGAAAUAAGAUCUCUCUCUCUUUUUUUUUUUUUAAAGAAUAGAAGGCAGGAGGGGGAUUUGACGUUGCUGAAGACAUAAUUUAUACCAAAUUAUGCCAGUUGGGGAGGGAAGGACUAAAAAUAAUAUUGCAGGAAGGGUUGGGUCAGGGUUUUUCAUUUUUUUGUUUUUUCCUGAACUGGAAAGCUACUACCUGUACAGCGUCUGUGUACGCCUCAUGCUCUGUUCAAGGCCGUCACAAAAGAACCGUCAGAGGGAACAGCCAACACGCAAAGCCCCCACACAGCUCUCGCUGCCGGCUGCUCACAGGUGACAACGACAUGACGGAAGGUUUUCAGGCUCCUCACAAAGGAGAGGGGGAAGGAAAGAUCUUUUUGCUAUGGAGAUAUUGUCCUGAAACCUCUUCCCUGGUUCCUUCCGUACCAUUUCCCUUACAGAUUUGCAGAAAGAUCACGUCUUUCACUGCAUUCUCUGAACAAUGGUGUAGUCAAUUAAAAAGCAAACUUUCUUUUUCCUAUACCGAAGCCCUCUUCAGUUCCGUGCACCACGCUCCGUGGAUGGCCCCCGGGGGAGCUGUGGCUUCCCAGCCACGCGGACGUGCGUCUAUCUACCUGUUGAUCUCUCUGUCGUGUCUCUCAGUACAGAUGGGUAGAUAGAGCCCCAUUUAUGGUCCUUACUACUUCUUGGGUCAGUUCGUACAGUUUCCUGAGACAACAGAGUCACGAAAAUGUUGCUCUCUCCUAGAAAUCAUUGAGUAAGUAGACAAAGCGUGUUGGGGGUGGGAGUGGGGUGGGGGGACAAUGCUGUUCCUAAAGGCGGAGGUGUAUCUGUCCUGGUUGGGUGGCCAGGGAGACCCCGGGCAAGGGGUGCCCGUGGUUCAACCCUAUCUCAGGUCGGCGAGACCUGGGCCGCGCUCUUUUCUGGUACAGACAAAAGCGUUCUUUGACGGCCCGUGUCCUCGUCUCUCUCCCUACUGUCCACCCACCCCCAACACACAGACGCAGUCACCUCGACAGCGACUUUCUCUUUUGUCUGUGCCAUAUGCUUCCUCCUGGGACAGGUAAUUGGCGCAGGGACUUUUUUUUUUUUUUUUUUAAUCCAGCUGAUUAGACCUAAUGGUUUCCAUGGCUGCUCAAACAAAGCCCAGAAAAAGACAUGAACGUUCUCCGAAGAGCACCAGGAGACAGCAGCCCCCCAAACACAGAGCCUCGGACGUACCCACCCCCAGCACUCUGCUCUGGAGAGGAGAGACCAGACCUCCAGAAAUACCAGCUCCAAAAGGGUACUGACCAGGGCCCUCGGAAGAAUUCAGGUUUUAUUUCCUAGCCCCCCACCCCAGAACUGGGUUGCCAUCAUUUAUCAGCGGGCGGUGUGGUUUGGUGAGCCAUGAGAUUGAAAUGAUAAUGAAAGGAUGACAGCAAAGUUGGAGAGAAGGGAGGCAUGGUGCCCAGGGUUCUGUGGUCUCCUGCGCCUUGGCCCUUGGGGAGCUCGGGCCACCACCUGUCAAUGUGUGCCCCGGUGCUGUGCCAGGGAAGAGCCACGUCAGAUGGGAGACACUGGCCCGAGGGCAGGGGAAGUCAAGGAGGUGUCUAGCUCUGGCAGAAAGAGCAUGCUGUCCAGACAGGCCCGAGGGCCGGCCACUCACUGGUCAUGGAAAGAUGUGACUGGUCCCUUCAGGGAAGAGGCAGGGGUUGAAAGGAAUGGCCACGGAAGCUGUGUGAGCAGGGUGGAGGGGAGGCGUGGCCCUCCCCCGCCAGGCCAGAGGGAGGGUCU